AUAUCCAGCAUGAUUAAGGGCCUAAGAACAACAGGUGCUUGCUCUUCCAUCCCUCCCAUAGCCCUGGGGUGGGGGUUGGGGGCUGUCCACAUCCAGAAGCAGGACCAGGCCUUGGCCAGCUUCUUGGUGGCAGCAGAUCAGGGGCAUGGCCGUGGGGGGUGUAGGCUUUAAAGGCUCCCCAGGGUUGCUCCCCAGCUCCUAGUUCACAGUGUGCCAGCUCCUGGACACUCUGUCACCAUGUGGUUCCUGGUCCUGUGCCUGGCAAUGUCCCUGGGGUGGACUGGUGCUGUGCCUCCCAUCCAGUCCCCAAUCAGCAGAGGCUCGGAGUGUAAGAAUUUCCAACCCUGGCUGUCGCUUGUGUACAAUUUCAGCGGUGUCAGGUGUGGGGGAGUCCUGGUGCACCCACAGUGGGUGCUCACAGCUGCCCACUGCUCACACAACAAUUACCAGCUCUGGCUGGGUCGCCACAACCUGUUCGAGCAUGAAGACACAGCCCAGUUUGUCCAGGUCAGUCAUAGCUUCCCACACCCUGAAUUCAAGCCGAACCUCCUAAAGAACCAUACCCAGCUCCCCGGAGAGGACUAUAGCCAUGACCUCAUCCUGCUGCGCCUGGCAGAGCCUGCCCAGAUUACAGAUGCUGUGAGGGUCCUGGACCUGCCCACCCAGGAACCCCAAAUGGGGAGCACCUGCUAUGUCUCUGGCUGGGGCAGCCCUGAACCAGGUAAAUGCACGCCAGGGGCCAGACCUCACAUACAUCUCAAACUCCUGUCCAAUCAUGUAUGUGCCAAGGCCCAUUCCCAGAAGGUGACAGAUCACAUGUUGGGCACUGGGCCUUUGGAGGGCAACAGGGACACGUGCCCGUCUCCAUAUUUCUCCAUGAUUCUUCCCACCAUGCCUCAGUGA